GCGAGCAUCGUGCUCAUACGUUAAUAUUUCAGACAUGCUGGCGCCGUUCGAAGGUUUACGAUUUAAGUAUCUAAAGGCUGACCGAUACAACAGUUUCUUCCACCCAAACUUUUGCCACGUGUGCAAGUUUUGGAGUAGCGAAGUCAACAUGAUCUCAUGCUACAACUGCGACAUGAUUGCUUACUGCUGCGAGAGGCACAUGAUAGUGGACCAGAAGCAGCACGUCGAUAUCUGCAACGCCAUAAAGAAACUGAUUCGCGAAGGGAAGAUGAGGAACUUCCACGAGGGCACGCGCGAAGAGUGGCUCAACUGCAAGAAGGAGUGUGUGCGAGUAGUCGAGCAGGAGCUAGCCCGCUCGCUGCUCUUCCACGAGGAACAGAUGCUUCUGUUCGCCAAGUCGUGUCAUGUUUGCUACAAGGAGACGAGCCUAAAGACCUGUCCGCUCUGCUUGUCCGUCAACUAUUGCGAAGAUCACAAGCAGAACGUUGGUCCGCACAAAUGCGCGGCGCUGCAGACGUGGCUCGCCACCGAAAUUCAAGCUGUCAAAGUAAGUCCCAACCCACCGAGACAGUUCAAAUUCAUCAAUUUUCCCAACGCAAAUUACCCUAUUGCCACUAUGAAUUCCUUUUACGACAGAUAUAUACGUUGUAGCAGAAGUCUGAAAACUUGGACUUUUCCCGAUUUCAUCCAUUCCGACUAUCUGUCGGGGCCGCUAACACUGUAUGAUUGUACAAGGGAUCCAAAUGUAUUACAAAUACCAAACACAGAAUAUACUUAUAUUAUUCAUAUUAUAGCUACGAGUCACUUUGACAGAUUAUACUUGCGGUCGUGGGAAAUAUUUUUACAUGUCUUUAUUAAACCGACGAAACUCGUCGUCAUAAUGGUAGGACCGAAUCUACAGGAGGAAUGCGAAGCACCCGACAUUUGUAAAUUGAAAUGCAAAAAUUUCGGCCACACGUUUCAUUUUUUAUCCCAUCGUAUGUUGUACCAUGAUUAUGUGAACAGUUCAUUGUACAGGAAACCGGACGUGAUCAUACGAUUUCACGUGGAGCUCGCCGACGGGGAGACAUGGGCGCAAUUUCUAGCAGCAUUAGAGGUAUCAAGUUGCCCGUUAGUGAUAACAGCUGAAUCGAACAUUAAAGCACAAGAGUACAGAAGUAAAAUAGGCGAUUUCAGCAAACAAGCAAUGCCUAUUAUUGAUCAAGUAAAUAAUUUCAGUGGUCGUAGGUUAUACAGAGACUAUAGGACUAAUAAUUUCUUUUAUCGUAACUACUAUUUAAUUGUUUAUAAAGAUUUACAUCACACAAGUCGAUCAGACGACGAUAGCACAGGUUCUAAUGUAUGAUUGUAUCUAACUUUUUAGGCUUCCGUAAUUUUCGUAUGAUUGUCACUAUUUUUAUAGCCAUUAUUUUUAUAGCGUUGUUGUGAAUAUAAUAGACAAGUAUGUGUUAUUUAAAUAUAUAAUGUUCUAAUAAACAAUUAUAUGAUAAUA